AGUUGAUAACAUCCAGAAGCAUUUGGCAACCACGCGCUCCAGUCGAGAAAUUUUUCAAUGAACCCAAAGUUUAUAAAAGUAUCGACAAAAUGAGUGAGCCUCAAUUAAAGAAAGUGAAGAUGUCGAGUUCACUAGUCCAAUUAAAGGAGAUGACAACAGUUGUCGCCGAUACCGGUGACUUUGAAGCUAUGAAACAAUUCAAACCAACGGAUGCAACUACUAACCCAUCUUUGAUUCUUGCUGCUGCCAGUCAAAAGAAAUAUGCUCAUUUAAUUGAUAAAGCUAUUCAUUAUGGCAAGAAGACUGAAUCUACGCCAGAAAAGCAAAUUGAAGCAGCAUUAGAUUUGACCUGUGUCUUGUUUGGUAAAGAGAUACUUAAUAUUAUACCUGGAAGAGUUUCUACUGAAGUAGAUGCUCGACUAUCAUUCAACAAAAAUGGUAGUAUUGAAAAAGCAAAAAGAUUAAUUGAUUUAUAUGAAGAGAAUGGAGUAAGCAAAGAACGUGUAUUAAUUAAAUUAGCUUCUACCUGGGAAGGUAUUCAAGCUGCAAAAGAACUUGAGGAAAAAUAUGGCAUUCAUUGCAAUCUAACUCUUUUAUUUUCUUUCCCCCAAGCUGUCGCUUGUGCAGAAGCUGGAGUAACUCUUAUUUCACCUUUUGUUGGCAGAAUCCUUGAUUGGUAUGUAGAGAAAACAGGUAUAAAAUCUUAUGAAGCUAAAGAAGAUCCAGGAGUAUUGUCAGUUAAAAAAAUUUAUAAUUAUUACAAAAAGUUUGGUUAUAAAACUGUUGUAAUGGGUGCUUCGUUUAGAAAUACAGAUGAAAUUAAGCAAUUGGCUGGUUGUGAUUUCUUAACUAUUAGUCCAAAAUUAUUGGAAGAAUUAGAAAAAAGCAACGAACCUAUUCAUAAAUUAUUAACGGAGGAAGCUGCUAAGAAAAGUGACUUACAAAAAAUUAGUUUAAAUGAAGCUAAAUUCAGAUGGCUUUUAAAUGAGGAUCAAAUGGCAACUGAUAAACUAAGUGAAGGUAUUCGUAAGUUUGCAGUAGAUGUACGUAAACUCGAAAAAUUAUUACAAGAAAAAUUACAAGCAUAAGCAUUUUUUAAAAUAAUUGCUCACAGGUGCAAUAAAUAAUUAUUUUGUAAAAAUACUUAUAUAUUGAAGAUAUAAAUUUAAAUUUAUACAUUUCUGUUUGAAAUUCUACUACUUGUAAAAAUAUGGUCUAUAUUAUGUAUACAUUUAUUUUAUAUAUAUAUUUAUAUAAAGAAUCAUGUAUAUAUAUACUUGCACGCAUGUGUACCUCCUCAAAGAUCCUUAUAUAGUUAUUGUAUAAAUUUUGACCUACUUUAUACUGCUUGAAAUUUGUAAUUAUUUACCUGUGCUUUUUUUUAUACACGUACAUUUCUACUCUUGCUUCUGCAACAUUUUUGUAGUGUUAUUUAUACGUUUUCAUGAAAGCUUCCUUUUUUUCAUUAGUUUUCACAGUGACACUAUGAAAAGUGUCACUUAUAAAACAAUCUCCAUAAACUUAAAAUCUCAUAGAAAAUAUUUAACUUGAGUUAUAGAGCAUUGUAUUUAUGAAUUCAAAACUACAUGAAAAAAAAUACAAAUAUAGCAUAUAAAAAUAAGUAGUUCAAAGUUUAAAAGGAACAUAGUACUUAUUAGGUUGACAUGGGUACAAAAUUUAAUUUUUAUAAGAUUAUAAGCAAUUUUUAGUUUCGAUAAUAGUAGUGACUUAUUAGCUUAUGCUCAUUGUAUAUGGUGUGUGAAUAAAGAGGAUUAUCAGAAAUGA